AACCAGGGUGGGCACUGAUGGUACCUCGCUCCUCUGUCCCCAGCUGGAGCGGGAUGUGCUCAGGGUCUCUUCUCCCCGCUGCCUGGCAGAUUACUACAGCCCGGCCAUGCUGGGCCUGAAGACCGACCAGGAGGUCCUCGGGGAGCUGGUGCGGGCGAAGCUGCCGGCCGUGGGGGCCCUGAUGGAGCGGCUGGGUGUGCUGUGGACGCUGGUGGUGUCCCGCUGGUUCAUCUGCCUGUUUGUGGAUGUCCUGCCCGUGGAGACAGUGCUUCGGAUCUGGGACUGUUUGUUUAACGAGGGCUCGAAGAUUAUCUUCCGGGUGGCCCUGACCUUAAUUAAGCAGCACCAGGAGUUUAUUUUGGAAGCCACCAGCAUUCCAGACAUUUGCGAAAAGUUUAAGCAGAUAACCAAAGGCAGUUUCGUGAUGGAGUGUCACACAUUUAUGCAGAAAAUAUUUUCAGAACCUGGAAGCUUAUCCAUGGCCACCGUCGCCAAGCUGCGUGAGAGCUGCAGGGCCCGGCUGCUGGCACAGGGGUGAGCGUGCCUGUCUCCUGCGUUGCUUGUCUCCGCACAGACGGUGAUUCUCCUUUCCAGAGUUGACGCUGGACCAGCUUUCACUGCUUUCCUUUUUAGUGUUGUGAACACUUGACAUCACUACACUUCAGCUGUGAGUUUUUUAAAAGAGCAGUUUAAAAUCAGGUCAUUCUACCAGCUUUUGAUUAGUUAUGAAGUCCUACUUUUUAAAGAACACUUUUUACCUGAGGUAUCAAUAAUUUAUAAAAUGUUGAGAUGUGGGUUUGUAUCUAAGAAUGUAUGCCAACACUUGUGAGUUUGUGA